AUGACUGUGAAUUUGGUCAUUCCUGGAUCCAGAAGGAUUCCUUCUUAUUUCUAUGUAUUCAUCAUUCUUACGUUAUUAUUGGUGGCUCUAGUAUCGUCAGACUGGCAACCUGCCAGACUCGUUUCCAGUGAUGCCGACCGAAAAUUCGCCUUCAUCAUACCGGCCACUUCGUCUAGUCCUGACCUCUGCAAAUCCAUAAUCACCGCACUAGGCCUCGGUUACCCAAGCCCGAUUAUCCUCAAUUGGGGUCUUAACCAUCCCUCGACUUCGAAAUGGUCCGGUGACCCAAACCUGGCAAAGAUUCCUGGUAUCAUCAAAUAUCUCGACACAGUUAUGCAUCCCGAUGCACACGCCUCCGAGAGACUACGCGAAACUGACAUUUUGCUCAUUGCGGACGGAUACGACGUUUGGUUCCAACUACCGGCGCAGAUUCUCCUCGAACGAUACCACAAAAUAAACAGAGAGGCCAACGAGAGGUUGUACCAGCAAUGGAAUAAGAGGGGCCCAAUGCCAAUGCGACAGACUACACUACUUUCAAUUGGAAAAAGAUGCUUCCCUCAAUCUCUAGAGUCUGGUUCAGACCUACAGUGCGACGAGUGGCCUGUGAGCCCAUUAGAAUCAGAUCUCUAUGGUCCUGACACUGAAGAGGACGAGACAUAUUAUCCAAAAGUUCGGCCUCAAUGGAUAAACGACGGCGUCAUCAUAGGCCCUGCUGGUGAUAUAAGACGCUUUCUUCGGCAGGUCCAAGCGAAGCAGGAGAGAGGUGUCGGUUUGGGUUAUAACAUGUAUAGUUUCCAGGAUGCCAUAGGUCAAGCUAUGGUUGAACAGGAGGUUAUGCGGCAAUGGCAAAGAGAAAACAAAGCCCCGAAGCGAAACGUGAUGGAUGUCAUAAACAGCAAUCUUGAAUUCCAUGCGGGUCUUGAUUACGGCCAGGAGAUAUCAGCGCAGACCAUGUGGACACAAGAGCUUGACGGAACGGAUCACGGAGACUUUGUUCGAUUGGGCGAUCAGUCAGAUAUUGACCAACGCUCUGAGGCUUUAGGUGUCAUACCUGCAUGCAUACGAGGUGUCCCAGAGGAUAUAAAGGUUGCGAAGAACCCAUUGAGCGACAUGGUAGGUGGGGCCAAUUGGACGAAUAUGCCGCUAUACGCCGACUUUUAUACCAAUUCAGUUCCUGCUAUUCUCCACCACAACGGCAUGAGCGACAAACGGUCUACAUGGUGGACCAAACCGUGGUAUCACCAACACCUACGAAUGUUGGUCAAGUCUCGCAUGGGACGAGGUCACCCUGACGAACCUCUUGCAACAGUGAAAUUAAGAAACGGACGUAUUAGGUACUGGCCAUUAUCUGCAGAAGAACAAGAUCGGUAUCCAAGGCAUUUCAACGGGACGGCGAAUGGGAGGCUGAAAAAGAUGGAAUUUGGGACUAUUUGUCGACAUGAGAAGAAGGCUCCUCUUGGACCGAAUCAGCAGUGGUGGGAGGAGGUGUUUCGUGAUACUGGGGGACCAUGGGGACAAGUCGGUUGA